GCCCACCAACUUGAGAUUGACAAAUCCAUCUUGCAGGCCCAUCAGGAGGUCACUCUUGGGGAGCGGUCCAUCUUGGGAAGUGGCCCAUCAGCUUCAGGAGGGGUCCAUCUUGGGGACGGCCCGAUCUUGGGGAGCUAUCCAUCAGCAGACCCUGUUGAAAUUGAAAGGGCCCUCCUCCAGGCCCAUAACCAGGUCCACUUUGGGGAUAGUUCCAUGUUUGGGAGCGGUCCAUCUUCAGGAGCGGUCCAUCCACAGGUGCCUCUUGAGGUUGGAAGGUCAGGUUCUCUGGAGAUUGAAAAGUCGGGGGUCCAUCUCAAGGUAUAAAGGUAAGAGGUCCGUCUUGAGAUCGAAGGGUCAGCGGUCCAUCUUAAGAUUGAAAGGUGAGGGGUGUGUUUCCAGGACUGAAGGUCCAUCUUUUGCAGGGCGCUCUGGAGAUCGAAAGGGCCAUCUUGUGGAGAGGUCCAACGCUGGGAGCGGGUCUAUCGGCAGGUUCAUUUGGAGAUCAAAAAGUCUUGUUCGUCGUUGUUUUCAGGUCCUUGUAGCAGCUGCCCAAUAAUGGAUACUGAGCACUGAGUUGAGAUUCGGUGAGGUUUAGUUUAUCCAGUCCCAAAGUAUGUUUCACUAAGGACAAAGAAAGGCUCAGUUAGUGGUGGUGAUGAGGACGUUGACAAAAUGGCUGCAUCUCUGAGGAAAGUUCCAUCAUCAGUUCCUUCGGAGGGUCAGGAAGAACCUAAGCUCUUGCAGUUUGCGCCAUGGCAAAGCUCCGUGGAGGUUGGGUUCUGGGAGCACAUGGCCCGAGCGAAAAUGGACAUGUAUCGCUUGAGCGAUGCCCCACGGCAGGUCAUUGGGUUUUUCAGUCCUUGUAGCCAUGAUCAUGUGCCCUCUUGCCUAAGGCUUCUCUCCGAUUCCCUUUGCGACGAUUCCAUCCUGACUUCUCUCUCUCCCAAACCAUCGGGAUCGGUUGAUGACAUCUCGUCUGCAUCUUCUGCCCACGUGUCGUCGUUAACCACACCAUCAGCGUCCGCGUCAUCGUCUUCGACAAGUUUUCCGGUCCGUGACUCCGUAGUGGGAGAAACUACACACCGAGACGGGCUAGAAUCGAUGCCAGCAUUGCCGUUAGAUGGGACGAGUUCUUCUCCUGUCAUUCCUGCCGUCAUCAGAGAAUCCGUGCCUCUCGAUCGGGUGUUUGGGAAUAGAAAUCGCACCCCUUCACCCGGUGUGCUGCUGAACAAAAACACUCUCGAAGAGUUCAAAGGUGUUGAAAAGACUGUGGUUCUUAAGGCCUGUGCGAGGGAGAUAUGGGAUGACAUCUUGUCUGGGAGGGCGGAGAAAGACCCAUCUUUGCUUAACCGUUUCUUGGUCCUGUCUUUUGCUGAUCUCAAAGGGUGGAAGUUCUACUACUGGUUUGCAUUUCCGGCCCUGAGCCUCAGAGAGCCUGCCAGGCUGCUCCGCCUUCAGAGCGCAGCAGAGGCUUUUGCAGCACAGGCAGAAGAAGAUGUUGCCCGCGUAUCGGCAGCAUGCAGACGGUGGCGUGACGGGCACAGCAUUGACUGUGUAGAAGAAGUGCCUUCUGUUCCUGCUGCUGCUGCAUCUUUGCAUGGUGACUCGACAGAUCCAUCUGUCGAGUCAUCGGCUUCAUUGUUAUCCCCAUUUGCAGUCUCCUUGCAACGACAGACACGUGUGGAGGAGGUAACCUCUGGCGGGGCCCCGUUUUUCCUCAUCGGGCUUAUCCCCGGUAAAAAGUCUGUUUUGGUUGCAAGCUUGCAUGGGUGGGAGGAUGUUUGCCACGAUGUUGGUGGUCCGGGGAACGUAGUUGUUGCAUUCUUUGACCCAUGCCACCUUCCCACCCACCCUGGCUGGCCUUUACGCAAUCUUCUCGUCCUCGCGUCUGUUCGGUGGCGUGUCCAGCGUCUGCGCGUGUUGUGUUAUCGAGAAAGGAAAGGACGGUUUGACCCCGCUGCUUGCCCUGUGAUUGAUGUGCUGGUCCCACCAUGUCCCGAAGAAACGCCGGGGGGUCUUGCCAACCUCCCUUGUCCUGAGGCAGUCGGCUGGGAAAAGAAUCGUCAAGGGAAGAUGAGUCCGAGGCUUGUCGAUCUCUCCCCGGUUAUGGAUUCGCGACAGCUAGCUCUGGCAGCAGCAGACCUGAACCUGAAACUGAUGAGGUGGCGGCUCCUUCCUUCACUGAACAUAUCCGUGCUGAACAAAUGCCGCUGUUUGCUCCUUGGUGCUGGCACCUUGGGCUGCCAGGUGGCCCGUGGGCUGAUGGCCUGGGGUGUGCGCCAAAUCACCAUUGUUGACUAUGGGCGUGUCUCCAUGUCCAACCCACUACGGCAGUCCUUAUACGAGCUCGAGGAUUGCCUGGGAGGAGGCAAACCGAAGGCCUUGGCAGCAGCUGAACGCCUUCAGCGGAUUUUCCCAGGUGUCACGGCCAAAGGUAUUCAGAUGGCCAUCCCGAUGCCAGGGCACCCAGUUUUGCAAAAGGACGAGGAGUCAGUUAGCCAGAUUUGCAAAGAUCUCAAGCAGCUGAUCGAUGAUCACGAUGCCAUCUUCUUGUUGACAGACACGAGGGAGAGCAGAUGGCUACCGACGCUGAUGUGUGCAAGUGCCAACAAGCUGGCCAUCAAUGUUGCUUUGGGUUUCGAUACCUUCCUCGUCAUGCGGCAUGGUUCCUCCCCGUCGUCACUUUGUCCCAGCGAUCCCGAAGGUGCUGGCAACCGUGAAUGGAAGGCUUCAGAUGCGGAAAGCAAAUCGCGGGAUAAGGUAGAUGGCAUCAGCAGUAGACACAGUGGUCAUGAGGAGGCUGGAGGCAAUCUUGGCGUGCCACCUGAGGACAGCAUUGGUCCUCCAAUUGUUGCACAUGGAAAGCAGGCCUCCAGUAAAAGGUUGGGUUGUUAUUUCUGUAAUGAUGUAGUUGCGCCACUUGAUUCGACAACAAAUCGGACGUUAGAUCAACAAUGCACUGUGACCAGGCCUGGCUUGGCUCCCAUAGCUGCAGCUCUUGCUGUUGAGCUCGUAGUUAGUCUACUGCACCAUCCGUUGGGCGUGGAAGCGGCUGCUGAUCAGCCCAUGCCGGUGAUGGUCAGUACAGAUCUGCCACUUGGCAUCAUUCCCCAUCAAGUGAGGGGGUUUCUGGCCCAUUUUGCGCAGAUGAUGGUAGUGGGGGAGGCCUUUGAUCGCUGCACUGCUUGCUCCCAUCAUGUAGUGGAUGCGUAUAGGAGAAGGCGAGAAGAAUUCCUCCUGCGGGUUUUUAAUGACCCCUUGUAUUUGGAGGAACUAAGUGGUCUCACCAAGUUGAAGGCUGCAGCGCACGAUGCCUGUGUAGACUGGGAUGAGGAAGAGCAAGAGGACGAGGAAGAGUAGGGCACGCCGGUUGAGAAAUACUGAAGAGAAGAACACAUGACGGGAAAAGGCUGAAUGGCGGAGCAUGAGGUUGUCACUGCUGGUGAAGGAAGAGAGUGUGCCUAGGAGGAGAAGCACGAGCAGGAACAAGAGGAGGGGGUGGUGGUGAUGGAGAACCAACCAUGGCCAAGUUUCAAAAAGGAGAAAACGAAAAAUAUAUACUUCCAACGACAAGAGGGUGGUGGUGGUGAAGAGGGAGGGGAUUGGACCCCAAGCGGUCGUGCAUUGUUUGCUGAUGACUCUACUUUGCACAGCAUGUAGCAGCGAGCAAGCCAGCUUUGGGCAGAUGCAGGAGAUGUGACUGUGUGGCAAGUGGUGGAUAGCAGGAGGGGACACAACAGAGGGUUUUGUACAGAAAGAGUGUGUUUGUGUGUGGGGGUGAUGUCUGUAGGUGGUAUGAUUAGAGCAUUGGGGAGGGGGGGUGUAGGGGGAGAGGUGGUGGGAUGGGAAUCAUGGGGUAUGGUUUAGAAUGUAGAAAGUGUGUUGGAGUGAUUUAUGCCGCGGGUGUGGAAUUCUCAUACUCUCCCCACACGUAUUACUAUAUUUGCUCUCUUCUUUAUUACAUAGCUUACAUGUUAUCUAUCGGUGUUUCAAUCGUUGGGAAAUUCAGUUAUAUAGUGCUGAGAUUACAGUCACCAUAGAUAAUGCUUGCUGCAAUUUUUUGUUUCAUAUGAAAACACCAAAAAACAAGCACAGUUGUCGUAGAACUGUGGCCAACCAAGAUCAGGACAAAGUGCCGAUGGUGUUCUGUGUAAGUAAACAACGUAGCAGAGCUCCGCAGGGUGGGUGCACCUUCGUAUAACACUCUGAAAGGAGGAGGAGAGGAGGAGGAAAAGAAGGAAAAGAGGAGGGAAGGGGAGGAGGAGGAAAAGAUCUGUGCACUCCAAAAAGAGGAGAGAAUGGAAGAGGAGGAGGAGAAGAUCUGUGUAUGUAUAGCACAUUUCCAUUGUAUGCCUCGUUUUAAUGUAGUGGUGCAGAUUCUUCUACAAGAGGAGACACGGGAAGGAGGAAGAAGGGGAGAUCUGUGUAUUGCGUGAAGGAAGCACAGAGUUUAACCGUUUAGCAUGUGAAACUGUAUAGCACAUUUCCAUUCCGUGCGUCGAUUUAAUGUAGCAGUGUGGAUUCUAACAAAAAGAGGAGAGAAGGGAAGGAGGAGGAGGAGGGAGGAGGAGAAGGAAAAAGACGAGGAAUUUUGUUUUUCUCAGAGGAAAAUUUGGAUACUUUCAUUUGCUUGUACGCAGUGUUAUCCACACUUUCUAAAGGAGGAGGGGGGGGGGAGGUACUUGGAGGAGGAGGAGGGAGAAGAAGGUGAAGAUGAUGAAGAUGGAAGAGGAGGUAGUUGCGUUGCUUGACAGA